GCCCACAGCACACAAGUGACGACGACCUCAUGGCGACAGCGGCGGCGGCGACGGCAAAGAAGCCAUCCUUCCCGCUCCCUGCGGGGUAUUUCAAGUGCCCUCCUCUAUCGCAGCAAGAGUUUGCGCACCUCAUGGCACUCGGAAAAGAGUCUUCUCGCGCUUUCAUCCAACAGACGGAGAACCUGAGAGACUACACGUGGCAGGAACUCGGUAAGAAAUCCCAAAUCACACUGUACAAGGGCACCAAGACGUCCGCGCCCUCGGCACCCUUCCUUGUCUUGCGUGCAGUGGGUGACGUGGCGGGCACGCUGGAAGAAGUCGCGUCGAUGCAUCAACUCAGCAAUGCAGACACCCUCCAGCAAUUCCUCGAAGAAAGCGACGACAUCCUGGACCUCCACACCCUCUACGACAUCACGGCGGAUACCCGAGCGAUGUCGUCGAGGUACCUUACGUCAACGCUGCAAGUAGCGGUGCGAUGGAUGGCGAUGAAAGUUCCAACGGCCGCGACCGCGUUUAUGCAUCCCCGAGACUUUUGCUACCUGGAGACGCAGGAUUACUUCACCGAUGCAAAGGGACGGCGAGGAUGGGCCAUCUCGAUGGAUUCCAUGGCGAUGGAUGCGUGUUGUCCAGCAUUUGGCGGCAACGUCACCAACAUCGUGCGCGGGAAGGUGCAAUCGUCGGGUUACUCGUUCGUCGAGAGCGAGACCCAAGGCAUGCUACAUGCGUCCCACUGGUUCCAGGUCGACUAUCACGGCAAGAUCCCCGUGUGGAUUCAAAACCUCAUCCUGAAGGGCCGCGUGCAUCGCAUGAUUCACUUCAACACGCGCAUGCACGAGCAUCGACUCAAGAAAGUUGAUCUCCUCGCCGAAUUCGACGUCCGCCGGACAAGUCAGUCGCAUCGGACCAAUUGCUUCAUCUGCCGCAAGAAGUUUCGGCUCCUCUCGCGCAAAAUCACGUGCCGAAAAUGCGGCGAAGUGGUGUGCUCCAACUGCCAGCACACAUGGGACAUUGUCCGCAACGAUAAGAAGCGCAAGGUGUCGAUUUGCAAUAUGUGCACGUCGUCCCUGCGCGCGCCACUGCAUCAACUCACGCCUUCGUCCGAAGGGUCCCUAUCGACGUCGGCGCCGCCCCCGCAUUCGUUUCUCGCGGCGGACGUGACCCAUCUUCGCAUGCCCCGCCUCGCCCGCCAUUACUCGUACGACGAAUUCAUGCACACGCGUCCGGGUCUGCGCAAGCUCAAGUCCAACUCGGUCGACUUUACCAACUCGGGCAGCGACUACAACGUCGAGGACGACCCUGGGUACACGACAGGAGUCGCCGUCGACCUCGACACUCUCCUAGACUCGCCCAGGGUGCCCGGCGUCAUCGACGCGCGAUGGGGCGAUAUCGAGACUGCCGUCGAAGAAGAGUGCGUCGACUACAAGCCGAAUCUGUUUCGAAAAGGGUUUUGCAUGAAUUGCCAAAAGCAGCACGACGCGUCGGACGACGGGUCGAUCCGGCAAACGAAAACAUUCAAGAAGAUUCACUUAACACCGUCGGCGCAUGCCGCGAACGCCGAAUUCAACCCGAUGGCGUUGCCCGAGAAUUCAGAAUUGUCGGCAGAACUGCGCAAGUCCCGCGCCGACUCGAUGGACUCGGUCGUGAGUUUGCGCAGCCGACUCAACUCGGAAGACAUGCUGGACGAUCAUUUUCUCAAAACCCAUGGGGUCCACUCGAUGAUGAAGGACCUCAUGGCCGAAUACGGCACGGACUCGGCCGCGAGCUUGAAUCCUCAAGUUCUGGAAGCCAAGUUGCUCGGCCUCCAGGCGCAACUCGAGCAACUUCAGCUGGACAAGGCGCGGUUCAAGAAGGACUCGGUCAUUCGCGUGUAGGCCCGUCGUCGACCGACGGCGUGUGUGGCGUUUAUUUAACUACCCAAAUAUCAACAGCGUCGAACAAACAUGGGCCACAGGCGAGUUUCGUCCAUGCGGAGGUACAUGGCCUCUCGAUGUCCCGGGCGCUUUCUC